AUGCCCGCCGGCCGCCCGGGCCCCGCCGCCCAAUCCGCGCGGCGGCCGCCGCCGCUGCUGCCCCUACUGCUACUCUGCGUCCUCGGGGCGCCGAGAGCCGGAUCAGGAGCCCACACGGCUGUCAUCAGCCCCCAGGACCCCACGCUCCUCAUCGGCUCCUCCCUGCAGGCCACAUGCUCAGUGCACGGGGACCCGCCAGGCGCCACAGCUGAGGGCCUCUACUGGACCCUCAACGGGCGCCGCCUAGCCCCUGAGCUCUCCCGUGUGCUCAACGCCUCCACCCUGGCCCUCGCCCUGGCCAACCUCAACGGAUCCAGGCAACAGUCAGGUGACAACCUCGUGUGCCACGCUCGUGACGGCAGCAUCCUGGCCGGCUCCUGUCUCUACGUUGGCUUGCCCCCAGAGAAACCCUUCAACAUCAGUUGCUGGUCCAAGAACAUGAAGGACCUGACCUGCCGCUGGACGCCGGGGGCCCAUGGGGAAACCUUCCUCCACACCAACUACUCUCUCAAGUACAAGCUGAGGUGGUACGGGCAGGACAACACGUGUGAGGAGUACCACACGGUGGGGCCUCACUCCUGCCACAUCCCCAAGGACCUGGCUCUCUUUACGCCCUAUGAGAUCUGGGUAGAGGCCACCAACCGGCUGGGCUCGGCCCGCUCCGAUGUGCUCACCCUGGACAUCCUGGAUGUGGUGACCACCGACCCCCCACCCGAUGUGCACGUGAGCCGAGUUGGGGGCCUGGAGGACCAGUUGAGUGUGCGCUGGGUUUCCCCGCCAGCCCUCAAGGACUUCCUCUUCCAAGCCAAGUACCAAAUCCGCUACCGAGUGGAGGACAGCGUGGAUUGGAAGGUGGUGGACGAUGUGAGCAACCAGACCUCGUGCCGUCUGGCCGGCCUGAAGCCAGGCACGGUCUACUUCGUGCAAGUGCGCUGCAAUCCCUUCGGCAUCUACGGCUCCAAGAAGGCAGGAAUCUGGAGCGAGUGGAGCCACCCCACGGCCGCCUCCACCCCUCGCAGUGAGCGUCCGGGCCCGGGCGGCGGGGCGUGCGAGCCGCGGGGCGGCGAGCCGAGCUCGGGGCCGGUGCGGCGCGAGCUCAAGCAGUUCCUGGGCUGGCUCAAGAAGCACGCGUACUGCUCGAACCUGAGCUUCCGCCUCUACGACCAGUGGCGAGCUUGGAUGCAGAAGUCACACAAGACUCGCAACCAGGACGAGGGGAUCCUGCCCUCGGGCAGACGGGGCACGACGAGAGGGUAAACGGAGAUGGGUCCUCUCCUGCGCUUGGGGAAGGGAGCGACGCCACGCGGAGUGGUCCAUCGGGCAGUGGGGACGCACCCUUGGUCCCAGCGGGGGAAAGCAAAGAUCUGGUCCCCCAGCGAAGCCCUCCCCACCUCUGACAACGCAGCCGCUCGGGGACCCAGCUCCGCCCCCAGGCACACCCAUCCCCGGAGCUGGCUUGAGGCGGAACUCUGCGACCCCUGCCCACCCCUGCGCCCGCACUUAC